AAAAAAAAAAAAAAAAGAAAAAAAGAAUCAACAACAGAUUUCACUCCUUUUGCCGAGAUUACCAUUUUGCAUCAUUGGAGUUUCUCAUUACAGGAACUCUAAAUAUUAUGCGACGAAAGGGAACAGUUAUACCAGGGCAACGACCAAAAGGUCGUCCACCUAUUAAGAACGCUAUAAAGCCAAUAUGGAAUGACAAACCUGCCACGGACCUGGGCAAGCGCAAUCGUUCCUUAACGACGUUUCUUAAACGUGGAAUACCAGCCGAAAAUCAUGAGGAAAGUGACAAACACAACAAUCAAGAUUUUCUUAAGCGACUGCCUGUAGAUCAAUAUCGAAAACUGGAAGAAAACAACUUGUCCAUUCAAAAUUGCUAUGCGUCUUUGCUCAACUUAAUUGAAGCGGUAUAUCCGCCUCUUGUAUGUCCAAUAUGCUGUACGACUUUUUUGAGCCAAAAAGAAGCUGACAGCCAUAAUAGAGCAGCACACCAAGCACUUCCCCGCUUUCCUUGCAUGCACCCACAUUGUGAUAUGGCCUUUCAGUCACGAGGCGGUCUCCGAUUUCAUAUAUCCAAAUCGCAUAUUGUUGAGAGAAGUCGCGGAAGACCACCACGAAAUCCUUCCUUACUACAUCACGGAGGUCCACGGCAAGGCCAUUUUGCUGCCGGCGAACCUAGUCAAUCAAAAGCAUCUUACACAAUAGAUAGUUUACCAACAUACUCUUUAGAAGACACUGGCGAUCAUUUUAACAACAGCUCAUUGGCAGACACAGCGCAUAGCCCAGAUCAAUCUACAUUGUAUACUCAAACAAGUCACCAGGUUUCUGAAGACUUGCCAUCAGACGAACAUUAUAGUCGUCAUCCAAGUACGCAACCUCCCGUCCUUACGGAACAUCGUCCUUCGCUGACAGAUAAUGGGUCUUCUAGCAGAGCCAGUCCGGAUUCCGAUACCACAAUAUCUGCUGCUAGUAGCACGUUACCUCAUAUCAAAGUCUUGCAAUGGCCUACCAAGAUACCUAGAAGGCGUAAACCUAGUCUGUCAGCAGCGUCUGAGGUCCUUUUGAACGCCGUUUACGACCCGCUACGUUGCCCCAGCUGCCGAGCUAGUUUCCCACGCAAAACCAAUGUCAUCAAGCAUCUAGUAGAAUUUCACCAAGGAGAGGAGCCAUAUCGUUGCAUUUUUCAGCGCUGUAGUCAUCCCAAGCGCUAUGCAACUCGUGAAGGCUUAAUAUACCAUAUUCUAAAAAGCCACGACGAAAGGCAGGAUGAUGAGACUGAGAGUGAUGACGCCCGAACACAGACCGAUACUGAAGACGUCGAAAACACGGUAUCCGAUGUAUCUCAUGGAAGCAGUACAGAGACGGAAAUGUAAACAAGUUCUCAUCCUUCCUAUCUCAUCAUACCAUUUCCAGCCUUGUAACAAUAUCCUACCAAACCCCUUUUUCCAUACACUGCCAAAAUUGUAUAGUAAAUCACCAUUCUGCGAGCAUCUCCAACAACAU